AUGCUGUAUCAUGCGAUUUUGGGAAUUUUCUUAUUAUUUACUUCUGUAAGUCCCGAAUUACAACCUCUAAAAAUUCAAGUUGCAGUUGGUGCACCAUUUUCAUUCAAAUGUUCAAGAGACGAUUCCGUCUAUUUUGGACAAAGAAAAAAUAGCGAUAUCGAUUGGCAUGAAAUUGAAGAUGAUUCACAAACAACAAACAGUGGUGCCUAUUUAAAUUUACAUUUUGAUCUUAAUCAAAUCGACAAUACGCUCACGGUUACAUGUGACUCAGCGCAACAAAAACAUGUCGGUUUCUACGGUUGUCGAAAAGCACGAUGGACCACAGCAGAGAUGGAUAAAAGUUAUCAGAUAAUAUUAAUUGGUAUAAUCACAUUAAGCGGAUCAAAAGCAGACAGCGAACACUUUGCGGACAAAAGUCCAAAAAGCGGACCAGUUGGCAAUCCUAAUCCAAGUGCAUAUGAACAACGAAAUGAUAAUAUCCAAGAGUUUUAUUGGAACUACAUUUGUUCUGGUCCAAGCCAGUCUUGUUCUCGAAUCGAUGAUGAAUAUGAUCUCACAAAAAGUACAAUAGAAAUUGCUGAUGGAACCCAUAUAGAAUUUCUAUGUUGUGCAACCGUGACAGGUUACAAAAAUGUUUAUAUUGAUUUGGAACGAGUUGGUAACAGUGGUGGUAUAGAAACAACUCGAAAUCGUCAAGAUGAUGAUUCAAUUGUGCUAUGUGGUCAACAAAAAACAAUGUUUAUAAAAUCAAAGAAAAAACAACAGCAACAACAAUUCAGAUGUGCGUUAACUACUGAUGAUAAAAUAUCGACAUUAUCAAGCUCGAUAAAAAUAAAGAAAGCUCUAGUAAACAAUGAACCAGAUGUCAGUUAUACUCUACGACAAGAUGAUCGAUAUUACCCUGGUACAACAAAAAAAACUAUGAAUAAAAUACAACGAAAAAGAUUAGUAGCUGGAAAAUUCUUUGCGAUUAUUGUUGGUGCAGUGGUCGGUGGUAUUUUGAUAUCAAUUAUAAGUGUGGUAGCGUGUAUCGUUUGGCGCAAGAGAGCUUCUUCAAGCUUGAAAGGCGUUGAUAGUCGAGAUUGUCAGAAGAAAAAUUAUUGGGCACUUAUCUUGAUCUGCAGAUUUAAUAACAGUACUAAUAAUUUACUGUUAAAUUAUGGAUAUUAG